AGGCCGGCUCGCUCCGCGCGGCAGGGGCGGGGAGGAGGCGGCGACGCAGACAAAAGCGGCGCGAGGCACGGGCACACCAGCGGGAGCCUGGCGGCGGCGGCAUGGGCAAGGGGGGCAACCGGGGCGAGGGCGCGGCGGGCGAGGCGCCCGUGCCCACCUUCCGCUGGGAGGAGAUCCAGAGGCACAACCUGCGCAACGACCAGUGGCUGGUCGUGGACCGCAAGGUCUACGACGUCACCGCGUGGUCCAAGCGGCAUCCGGGCGGCCACCGGGUCAUCGCGCACUACGCGGGCGAGGAUGCCACGGAUGCCUUCCAUGCCUUCCACCCUGACCUCGAGCUCGUGUGCAAGUUCCUGAAGCCCCUGCUGGUUGGUGAGCUGGCCCCAGAGGAGCCCAGCCUGGACCGCGGCAAGAGCUCCGAGAUCACCGAGGACUUCCGGGCCCUGAAGAGGAUGGCCGAGAACAUGGACCUGUUCCAGACCGACCACCUGUUCUUCCUGCUGCUGCUGGCACACAUCGUGGUCAUGGAGAGCGCGGCGUGGCUCAUCAUCUCCCACUUCGGCAGCGGCUGGCUCCCCACGCUCCUCACGGCCUGCAUCCUUGCCACGGCCCAGGCCCAGGCUGGGUGGCUGCAGCACGACUAUGGCCACCUCUCCGUGUACAAGAAGUCCGGGUGGAACCACGUGGUGCACAAGUUCGUCAUCGGCCACCUGAAGGGCGCCUCCGCCAACUGGUGGAACCACCGCCAUUUCCAGCACCACGCCAAGCCCAACAUCUUCCACAAGGACCCGGACAUCAAGAUGCUGCACGUGUUCGUCCUGGGCGAGUCGCAGCCCCUCGAGGCCGCCGGCCGGGCACAGGCGUGUGCCUUGCACAUGCACAUGUGUGUGACCCCAGGGGAUGUUGGCGAUCCUCUCUGCUCCGUCCCGGGACCCUGGCAGCCCCCCAAGUAUGGCAAGAAAAAGUUGAAGUACCUGCCCUACAACCACCAGCACGAGUACUUCUUCCUGAUCGGGCCGCCGCUGCUGAUCCCCAUGUACUUCCAGUACCAGAUCAUCAUGACCAUGGUGAUGCGCAGGGACUGGGUGGACCUGGCCUGGGCCAUCAGCUACUAUGUGCGCUUCUUCUCCACCUACACCCCCUUCUACGGCAUCCUGGGCGCCCUGCUCUUCCUCAACUUCAUCAGGUUCCUAGAGAGCCACUGGUUCGUGUGGGUGACGCAGAUGAACCACAUUGUCAUGGAGAUCGACCUGGACCAUCACCGGGACUGGUUCAGCAGCCAGCUGGCAGCCACCUGCAACGUGGAGCAGUCCUUCUUCAACGACUGGUUCAGCGGGCACCUCAACUUCCAGAUCGAGCACCACCUCUUCCCCACCAUGCCUCGCCACAACCUGCGCAAGGUCGCCCCGCUGGUGAGGUCGCUGUGCGCCAGGCACGGCAUCCAGUACCAGGAGAAGCCGCUGCUGCGCGCCCUGCUGGACAUCGUUGGGUCCCUGAAGAGGUCGGGUCAGCUGUGGCUGGACGCCUACCUCCACAAGUGACCAGCUGUCUCCGGGCGCGGGGCGGGCGACAGCCCGAGGGAGGGGCUCUGUUCUGAGGGUCGCCCUGGGCCGGGCGCCGUCUCCUCCUCCCCCUCCCUUCCCUUCUCGCUGACCUCCCGGCCCAGUCCCCAGGAGCAGGGAGGUGGCCCUGGUGGGUGCCCCAUCCCGCCUCCCGCUCCUGCCCCCAGGGAUCCUGGGUCCGGGCACGAGGCCUGCAGCUGUCUCCUUUGGGCCCCGACACCCGGGUCUAGGGCGGGUCCAGGCGGGCCCACUGCCCCGGAGGGAGCUGGGUGCUGGACCGACUGCAGCCGUAGUUCCCUCCGCCUCCUCCCAGCCCAGAGCCCAGACUCAGAGCCGUCCUGCCCGUCCCCAAAGCGCUCCAGCCAGAGAGAGCUCUGAGGGGGCAUGCGUGGACGAGGCCACCGGGCCAUGGUGCCCACUCGGCCUCUCGGGCGCUCUCCUGUUGACUUUUUAAUCUUUGCUGUUUUCACGUUUUCUACAGAUGCAUUCCACAGGAGGGUGGCCGGGCUGGUCCAGGACAAUCUGCUAUUCUCCAGCCUGGUGGGGAGGCUGGGACAGGGUGGGCAGGGCAGGAGAGGCACGGGGCGGUGACCUUCGCUCGCGAUCUAACCCACUAACCAGCCUGCAGCAGCAGCCCCCGCCUGCUCCCCAAGGGCAGAAUGAACCCUAGGGAACUGAUCUUAAUUUUUAUCAUGUUGCAUCCCCACCCCUACGUUUUUGAAGAAUAAAAGAAGUAAUUUUGUUCUCA